AAAUCAGAAUUGACAAAAUCAAAACAGCUCGAAGAUUUUUUGAAGAUAAUCAAGAAAGCUUAUGUCCAAAUCUUGAUCUGGUGCAGGCAAAAGCAUUUCUAAAUGAAUUUCAAGAUAGUACAAAUGAAGUUGUAAAGAUAUUUAGUCAAAUAGUAGAUAAUAUCCAAUUUAAAUACAAUGAUUUACUACUCUCAGGAAUCUUGGACAUUCAAUAUAUAGAAGUUUAUCAUAAAGAUCUAAAAAAUGAAUACCAAUCUGCAGGAAUUUGGAAUGAAUUGAAUGAAAAUAUUCAAAUCCAAGAUUUGCCAGAUGACUUGAAAAAGUUUAUAGAAGAAUAUAUUUUAAAUCAAGAAACAGAGAUAUCAAAAAAAAUUAAUUCAAAAGAUAAACUAUUAUUUAGAGCUACGUAA